AAACCCCCCCCCCCCCCCCCUCCCCAACCGAACCAUAUACCUAUAUCUAAAUCACAUUUAUAUAUACACAGAUUAUCCCCAGGCCACCUUAACUAUUCAAUCCUAUAUUACCCUAGCUUCUCUCUCUCUCUCUAAAUCUUGAGAUUCUAUUAUUCAACACACAUAUACAUAGAUAGAUAGUAGUGCAAAAUGUUGAGUAGUGAGAGUAGUCCAAUGUUGGAGUGCCAUCCAAUUAGGCCAAUUCUUAUGGAUAGGAAGUGGAAACCCAACAUUGAGUUGGCUCCAAAUUGUCCUAGGUGUGCCUCUACCAACACCAAAUUCUGUUACUACAACAACUACAGCUUAUCCCAGCCUAGGUACUUCUGCAAAAGUUGCCGGAGGUAUUGGACCAAAGGUGGCUCCCUCCGCAACGUCCCUGUCGGCGGUGGCUGCCGCAAAAGCCGCCGCUCUAAAUCCGCAAGGCAAGCCGCCGAACAACACCGUUCCAAUGCCGCCGCCGCCGCCCACCACGUGCCUGGCGGCGGCUUCGACAACGGGUCGGCCGGCGCUGAAGAAAUUGAUAUGGCCGCGGUUUUUGCUAAGUACUUGAAUCAAGGCGGCGAUCUUCAAGACAGCGGCGCUACUAGCUCCACUUCUGCGUCAAUGGCGCUCAGCUCGUUGGACUCGGAAAGCCAAGUAGAUGAACUACUGUUGUUGGAUUAUCAAGAAGGGGUAGACCCUCCGGAUCCCCUGUUCAUGGAUCAAUUAGUUGAAGAAAAUAAUAAUGGUGAACAUCUUCUUGAUUACAACCAGAGCGCACUCGACUUGCAAGCUCUUCUUGAGGAUGAUCAUUGGCCCAAUUUUGCAUGGCAACAACCCAUGAUUCAACAACAAGAUCUCGGGACAUUCUUCGGAGAUGAUGUUGUUUAUCCGACCAAAAGUUCGACAAGCCUAGCUAAUAAUGAUGUCUGGGGAUCAUUUGAUCUGUCUGGUUGUGAAAUUUUACCCAGACCUUGAAGUCUAGUUUUUGUUGGGUCGGGUGGUGAAAUGGUAAUUAAAUUUCAUACAGAGUAAUAUUUUUAUUUUUAAUUUUUUCUGUCCCACUUCCUACUUUCUUGAAAAUGAACUGUCACAUUAGUAGCUAGUACUAGGAAAGACAUUUGAUGAAAUACGCAUAUAUACCACAUUAUUGAGAAAAAUGAAGAAUUAAAUUAUGUAAUGACACAGUUGAGAUC